CUGUGGCCAAAUAGCCACCUCACCUCUGCUACGUAUUUGCCUCAACAUCUGGAUGCUCGGCUUUGUCAAGCAAAGGCGAUUCAAACGCGAUUCAGGUCCAAGGCCAGAUCCUCUUUUGACUGGAGACAAUGAGUGUGUGGCCUGGAGUCUUGGCUCUGUCUCUGGUGCUGUAUCAGCUUUUGAUCACUGCUACAGCUCAAGGCAUUGUGUAUGACCUUCUGGUGUCACCGGACUGCCUGCCAGACUUGCUCCAAGGAAACUUGAAAAAAAAUGGGCGGGAUGAGGCCUUCUUGCUGUCCUCCUUCAAACUCCAAAACAAGGCCCCCUCAUCCCUUUACAGCAUCAUUAACCCCAGAGACAACAGCAAGUACCUGGAACUCACUGUGCAAGCCAAACUGAGCAAAGUCACCCUGCGCUACCAGAAGACAGACGGCAGAUACGACACCACCAGUUUUAACCACGGCUCCCUGGCCGACGGAAAAGAGCAUCACGUGCUGUUGCAUGCUAGCGGGCUCCAACGCGGCCCACCUCGCCUCAACAUCUACGUAGACUGCAAGCUGGUGCACAUUCUGAAUGACCUGCCAGCUGCCUUUGGCUCCAUCCCUCGUGGUCCUAACACAGUCGCCCUUCGGAUGCUGCAGGGCGGCAUGACUGACAUGAAGCUCGUGCUUGAUGACACUGUAGACAAUGUGGCAACACUGCAGGACUGCAGCCUGGAUCAGAAUGAACCUCUGAAGCUGCUGAGUUUCCAAGCAAGCACGGGCGUUGAGGAGCAGUCCACGAUCCAGGAAUUAAGGAGCAUGCUGGUUGAGCUGAAGGAGAUGCUCAAUCAGCAGAUAAAGGAGACCAACUUCUUGAGGAAGACUAUCACAGAGUGUCUUUCUUGUGGUCCCGAUGGAAAGCCAAUCGAUCCACGUCCAUAUCCAGGCCCAGGCCAGUACCAAAUGCCUCCUGCUUGUCCACCCGGGACGUGUUUCCAACAGGACAUGUGCAUUCCCUCUCCAACGGGAGGUUACCAGUGUGCUCCUUGUCCUGAUGGAUAUACGGGGGAUGGGAUUCAUUGCGAUGACAUAGACGAGUGCCAAUUCAAUCCAUGUUUUCCUGGAGUAAGGUGCGAGAACACAGCGCCUGGGUUCCGAUGUGACAAAUGUCCUUUGGGAUACAGUGGGCCAGAACUAAAUGGAGCUGGAGUAUCCUAUGCACAAUCUAACAAGCAGGUGUGUGAGGAUAUAGACGAGUGCCUGAACCCGCCUGAACACGGAGGCUGCACUGACAACUCCCACUGCUACAAUACUAUUGGCUCCUUCAACUGUGGAGACUGUAAAACUGGCUUCACAGGUGACCAGGCGAGCGGCUGCCAGGGCACCAGACUCUGUCCCAACGGGCAACCCAACCCAUGUGACGUCAACGCCGAAUGUGUUGUGCAGAGAGACGGCAGUAUUAGCUGUAUGUGUGGUGUUGGUUGGGCAGGCAAUGGCUAUAAGUGCGGAAAGGACACCGAUAUUGAUGCCUAUCCUGACGAUACUCUUGACUGCACAGGAAACAACUGUAAAAAGGACAACUGUGUGUUUGUUCCAAAUUCUGGCCAAGAGGAUGCUGACAGAGACGGGAUGGGGGAUGCCUGUGAUGAGGACGCAGACAGCGAUGGAAUCAUUAACGCAAAAGACAACUGCUGGCUGGUUCCUAAUGUGGACCAGAAGAACAGCGAUAAGGAUCUCCAUGGCGAUGCCUGUGACAACUGCAGAACAGUGGAAAAUCCAUCCCAAAAAGAUACAGACAAAGAUGGGCAGGGAGAUGAGUGUGACGACGACAUGGACGGGGAUAAUUUGAAGAAUAAUGCGGACAAUUGCCCACGCGUGGCCAACCCGGACCAGAAGGACAAAGAUAAUGAUGGCGUGGGAGAUGCUUGUGACAGCUGUCCCGACAUGGCCAACCCAAACCAGUCGGACUCGGAUGAUGACCUUGUAGGAGAUACCUGUGAUGACAACAUAGACACAGAUGGAGACGGUCAUCAGGACACCAAAGAUAACUGUCCCGAUGUUAUCAACUCCUCUCAGUUGGACACAGACAAGGAUGGCACGGGAGAUGAAUGUGACGAUGACGACGACAACGACGGUGUCAAGGACGAUGAGGAUAACUGUAGAAUGGUGGCCAACCCAGACCAGAAGGAUUCAGAUAACGACAACGUGGGCGACGCGUGCCAAGGCGACUUCGACAAAGAUAACGUCAUUGACAUCGUCGACCACUGUCCAGAGAACGCCGAGGUCACGCUGACCGAUUUCAGAGCCUAUCAAACCGUGGUGCUGGAUCCAGAAGGGGAAUCGCAAAUUGAUCCCAAUUGGGUGGUUCUUAAUCAGGGGAUGGAGAUAGUCCAGACCAUGAACUCUGACCCUGGGCUGGCUGUAGGUUACACAGCAUUCAGCGGCGUGGACUUUGAAGGAACGUUCCACGUCAACACUGUGACGGACGACGACUACGCCGGCUUCAUUUUCGGUUACCAGGACUCUUCUUCAUUCUACGUGGUCAUGUGGAAACAGACGGAGCAGACCUACUGGCAAGCCGCGCCCUUUCGAGCCGUAGCCGAGCCAGGAAUACAACUGAAGGCGGUGAAAUCCAAAACAGGACCUGGUGAGUAUCUGAGGAACUCCCUGUGGCACACCGGAGACACUCCAGAGCAAGUGCGUCUCCUUUGGAAAGAUCCCCGGAAUGUGGGCUGGAAGGACAAGGUGUCCUACCGCUGGUUUCUCCAGCAUAGACCUCAAGUUGGAUACAUCAGGGCUCGAUUCUUUGAAGGCUCUGCCCUGGUGGCGGACACGGGUGUGAUCCUUGACACCAGCAUGAGAGGAGGCCGGCUAGGUGUCUUCUGCUUCUCCCAGGAAAACAUCAUCUGGUCCAAUCUGAAGUAUAGAUGCAAUGACACCAUCCCCGAUGACUAUGAGCAGUUCAGCGCCCAGAACAUCAAUUGAAGGCUGAGAUAAAUCCAAAUCUCACUCGUGAGCUUUAUAUACUUUUUACACAAGCUAAUAGAAAUGUCUAUCAGCAAAUACCAAAGGUGUUCGCAUUAUCCAGCACAGUGUUUAUCAUCUGAAUGUUAUUUACUGUUAAUAAAAAAAUAAUAAAAUAAGAACUCGACUCCAA